UUUGACUUUGAAAACAUUAAAUACACGAACAAUAAACAGUAUUUCUUAACAACAUCGCGUAACACACACACAGAAAAUAUAAAAAAAUAAAUACUGUAGAAUUAAAGCUCCUCCUUAUUUGAAGUUAUUACACUGAUAACUUAACUAUAUAGGUGCACAUCAAUUCAAGGAGUUUAUUGAAUUAUUGAGAAUAAUUGCAGAUGCUGAAACAUUGAAUACGCAACCUCCAAAGUUUCGACCUGACUACCAAUACGUGCCUUCAAUAAACGGCUGGCUGAAGCUGCACCGAGUACCUACCAACUGGAAUGACGCCUACUUACAGUGCCAGUUCGAAGGUAGGCAAGUCGACGGCGUAACGUUUAAAAAUUUUAUAUAAAAUAUUGGUUCUUCCUAUACCCAGAUUCCUCCAAGAAGAUUAAAAGAGAAGGAAGGAAAGGAGAAAAUGGCUUAUGGCGAUCGAGCGGCUUCCAUGACUUGUACAGAGGAUUGUUUAGACACGUAUAAACUACUACGCCACCUACCACACUAAUAACAAUUUCAACACAAAAAUAUUUUUUCUUCCGCAGGUGCGACCCUCGCGUCUCCGUCUAACGACCCUAUGCUGCAAAUUAUGCUUGACGCUAUCGGACGGGCCGGCGGCAGGGCCAACUGUAGUAUUUACACCGGCGUUAAUGCUUGGUUCUCCGAUGGAGUUUACACUUCCAUUGAUGGUACUCCCCUGUCUGAAAUGCCCGUAGAGUUCACGAAUUCUCAGACAUGCCCUCAAAUGGCAACGUCCCCCUGCACUGUUCUAUUACCUUCGGGUACCAUUGACAUCGUAGAUUGCAAGCAUUUGUAUUUUUUCAUAUGCUACAGAAAGGAAAAGAAGGGGAUUCCUAACAUCAAUGAAUGUGGAACUACUGAUUCUGAAUAUAAAUACUACGAAACAACGGGCGAAUGCUACAAAUUUCAUCUGCAGCCACAAAUCUGGUCAGAUGCAUACAAGAUCUGCCUGGCUGAAGGCGGACAUUUGGCCAUCAUAAACAGCCUGGAAGAGGCCAAGAUCUUAUCCAGUAUUUUUGAGCUGGAUACGCCUCGUAUCUUGAAACCGAAUGACACGACCUACUUGUUUCUUGGAUUCCUUAAAUUUAACCAAUCUUGGGUUACUAUACAUGGUGAAAGUCUUGAAGAAGCAGGUUAUGCGAUGUGGGCUCCACACCAACCAAGUAACUCACCCAUAAGAGGCAACCCUGACCAACUUGACCGUUUCGGCAACAGGGAGAGCUGCGGAGCAAUGGAGCAUGGUGGUCUUUUGAAUGAUGUUUGUUGUGAUUUUCCGUUCGCUUUCGUCUGUGAAAAACAUUUAGUUGUUGAUGUAAUCGAAACAGAGACGCCGACAGUAAUAAAGUCUUAAAACUUCGCACAAACG